GACCAAAGAGCAAUAACUGAUUUUUUUUUACUCUUUAUUUUUAGAAAAAGUUUAAAAGUUUUACUUCCUUUUCUUGAAGCAGUGAACUUGGACGGAAGAGGUUUUAUUCUCAGCUAAACUAUAAGCCAGAUUGCAAGGGCGGAGGGAAGGGGGCUCUACCUCUGUAGUACCACAUACCUGCAGUACUUUCCUACUAAACUAACUCAAAUUUGGCAACAAUGACUUUCUUCUGUCUCUCUCCCCAGCUCCUUGACUGUUGACCCCAGGGUCUCUGCAUCCUCUUCCCAUUAAUAUUGUUACCUACAGAUGCUCUGUCCUUACCUGCCUAAUUUCCUCUUGAUUCCAUCACUAACUAUGUCAACUUGGCAAGAAAGUGAAUCUUCGUGUGCCUCUGUUUUCUCGUCUAUAAAAUGAAACUGCCGUUACCUUGUCCAUUGGGUUGCAGAGACUAAAUGAAUUGAUAUACGUAACAUACUUGUAAUAGUUCCGGCACAUAGUAAAUGUUCAGGCAUCCUCCACCUUAUCAAUACUCUUCACCAUGGCUUAGACUAUGUCUACACGCCCAGCGUUGUCUUCUCUUCCCCUUCCAAAUUCUGCACAGACAUUUUCAGCUGCUUAACAGAUAUUUUCACUUACGCAUUCAGUUGUUACCCCACAUCUUCAAUAGUGCCCUUAAUAGUACUAUUAGUACCUUCAAUAGUACCCUUCAUGUUACGCUUAAACUUAUUUCUUUUUCGGAUUUUUGUUUUGUUUGGUUAUAUACAGUUUCUCUGUGUAGCUUUGGCUGUCCUGGAACUUGCUCUGUAGACCAGUCUGGCCUCAAACUCACAGAAAUCCACCUGCCUCUGCGUCCUGUGUGGCAUUAAAGGCAUGUGCCACCACGCCCAACUCAUUUUUAUUAGAAUUUUAAUGUUAAAGACACUAGAUUUUUCAAUUUAGAAAAUCGAGUUGCUGGCAGGCUCGACUCACUUUUCUCUGCAGUUUAAUUCUGUUCCAGGACUACUUUUCAGAUUGGAUAUCUCCUGUUCAUGUACGAGGCCGACCUUCUUCUAAAAGUGGCACUCGUGGGAGGUGCGGUUUUAUUGGGGGUGGGCCUGGUUACUCUCCUAUGUGGAGGGGCUGGAGACUGUCGUUAAAGCCCUUGGAGAAGUCUGAGAGGCAGGACCUAGAUAAGAAGCAGUAAAGAGAUCAAGUAUCCAACAACAGACAAGCUGUAACCUAUACAGUAUUCAAACAAUUGAGCUCUAUAUAGCAAUGUGACUCAAUAAAUAUUACUGUGGCAACAAUUAGCAAAGGCAAAUCUUUAAAAUGUGAGGUUGAGGCAGCGCGUCUCAGUCGGUGGGGGAGUCCCUUCGGUCCCAGUUGUACGUGCCUCUUGUCCCACACAAGUCCAGCUUGUACCAUGCCGGUCAAAGGAGGCAACGAGUACAUCAGAUACCUGCUCUUCGGAUUUAACUUCAUCUUCUGGCUCGCCGGUAUUGCAGUGCUUGCCAUGGGACUAUGGCUCCGAUUCGACUCCCAGACCAAGAGCAUCUUCGAGCAAGAAACUAACCAUUCCGGCUUCUACACAGGCGUGUACAUUCUGAUUGGAGCUGGGGCCCUCACGAUGCUGGUUGGUCUCCUGGGCAGCUGUGGAGCUGAACAAGAGUCCCGGUGCAUGCUGGGAUUGUUCUUCGGAUUCCUCGUGGUGAUAUUCGCCAUCGAGAUAGCCGCAGCCAUCUGGGGCUCUACCCACAAGGAUGAGGUGAUUAAAGAAGUCCAGAAGUUUUACAUGGACACCUACCAAAAGUUAAGGAACAAGGAUGAGCCCCAGCGGGAAACACUCAAAGCCAUCCAUCUGGCGUUGAACUGCUGUGGCAUAGCUGGUGGUGUGGAGCAGUUUAUCUCGGACAUCUGCCCCAAAAAGCAGAUUCUGGAAACCUUCCAGGUUAAGUCCUGCCCGGAAGCCAUUGAUGAGGUCUUCAACAGCAAGUUCCACAUCAUUGGAGUAGUGGGCAUUGGCAUCGCCGUGAUGAUUAUCUUCGGCAUGAUUUUCAGCAUGAUCCUGUGCUGCGCCAUCCGCAGGAGCUGAGAAAUGGUCUAGAGUCUACCCCAACCCCGAGCAGGAACGACGGCCCCCAAGACAGUCUGGGCCAUCUCCAUCUGUUGUUGUUGUUGGGUUUUUUUUUUUUUUGCCACUAAUAUUAGUAUUCAUUAUGCAUUUCUAUAUAACAGUCAUUCUGUUUGUCUUUUUAAUGCUUUAUUCAUUAUUGACAUUUUAGUUAAGGGAUCUGAUUAUU